AUGCCCAGAAGACACCGCAAACAAAAACCAUCCCACGAUGGACCCGAAGAACCAUCUUCCACUGUUAAUAACAGCGGUGGUGGUCCGAGAGUCAAGAUUUUUGUGGUUCGUGUGGCUCUGAUACUGCUGGCUGGUCACACAACAUACGUGUUCUGGACGGCAUCGUCCGUUUCACAAAUCUUAUUGGAAGCAUCCACAGAAGUUUUUCAACCAAGGAUCAAAGAAGAACGACCUGCCUGGGCGAGAGCCUUGGAAAUACAAUCAAACAACCAAAACAAAAUCAGCAGCUUCCUGGGAAUCACGCGUGGGAUACUGUCCAACAAACCCAUGUCGUUUUUCCGUGAGAUUCAAGACAAGAUUGACCAAGAGGACCUCGCAGAACGUUGCCACAGAUAUGGCUUUUCAGUAAAGAAGCAGAAUGGCAACAACAACUCCACGUCUCUACGAAGAAUAUUCUAUGGCAGCCUGAUUGCCGCCGAGAGCUGGGAGACUCUGGAUAUUGUUGCCACGGAAGCCUAUGGGGUCUUUGCGGGGGUUUCCUUUGUGGAAUCCAAUCGAACGCAGCACUUCAUUCCCCGGCCAUUUCUUUGGAAUCCAGAAAACACGGAACGACUCAGACGCUUAUACGGGACCCCCAAGCUGCAAGUGCGACAAUUCAUCAAUGAAGAUCCUGGCUUGAUGGACUUGUUCAGAGAGCACCAGCAGAGGCAAGAAAUUCUCAAAGGGUGGAAAGAAUUGGGCAUGGGUCCCGAAGAUAUAGGCUAUCUCGGUGAUGUAGAUGAAGCAUUCACCCGCGACUUUCUUCGAGCUGUUCAGAGUUGUGAUGUGGAGGAAUUUGACUAUAAGACACACCAUUGUGACCAGAGAAAAGCCAAGAUGCAGGGAUUCACUCGUGUAUUUGAAACAUCGCCUGACUGUCUCGUCAAAGGUCGAAAGUGGCAUCAUCCUGACAUGGUCAUUGGGGCAUGUGUGGAAAAUAUUGGGGAUGAGAAGAAAAAUAUCAUUGCACCCAGGGAGUGGAAACAGGGAAGAGCUGGCCCACAUCGAGCUCUAGGGUUUGGAAGUUGCAAUGGCGGACCCAUUAAUCUUGACAAUAUCACAGACAAUCGAUUUCCACUGUACAGUGCUGGUGACAUUCGAAUGGGUUGUGGUGGCCGUUCCUUUCCCAUCAAGAACCCCCCACCCAACUACACGACAUAUUCCGCAUUUCAUAUGCACAAUUUCUUUGUGGACCUCCAAGCACUGCGCUUCAAAUACCUGACAUACGGACAUCCCAUUGACAAUGCCAUGACAGUCCCACUGGAAGAGCUGCACUUUGACUUGAAAAUGAUGGUCCGGUGUGUCAAGAACCUCACUGAUGUAGCAUACAAACACCGCUUCGGUUCGCAGCAGCGGGUAAAGGGAGGUAUCGAUGGAGCCUUGCCUCCCUAUCCAAUCUACUUUAUGGACAAGGAUUAUCGAAAUCGAAAGCAUGAGGCAGCUAGGUUACAGGUAGAAGAAGAUGAACAACGACAAAGAGACAACAGUGGCAAGUUCCUUGUGCAAUGA